AUGUUUCUGCCUCCAGAUACAAACACAAGGGAAAGAAGAAGGUUUGAUCUAGACGACCUGCGUGUUUAUUAUCUGAUAUGUGAAGAGCUUGGAAUAGCGGAAGAGGAGCACGUACAGAAGUCCUUUUACUACUUGAUGAAGUGGGCGGGACAGGAUAAAUUCAGCGGAGAGAUAGGAUUUCUUAGGAACUACAUAAUGAGGAUCAAGAAAGAAAGACGAGAUAAGCAUGGGGAAUGGGAUAUGUUAAUGCUGUGA